AUGUUAGUGGGAGGAUUAUUUGAUCAACAGCAGAGAUUUCGUCCUGAAGCGGUCGCACUCGUUCGGAUUCGAGCGAAGCUCGGCAUUAGCGGAGAGGAUGAUGGUGACGGAGCCAGCGACGGCGUCAUCGAGGCAAUACCACAGAGGAAGCUUCUGAAGCAAGCAGCCGUCGCCCUUCAGGUAGUUGAUGAAGGCUCGGGUCUUCUCCUUUAG